AUGCCGCCGCUGCCGCCGACUCGCAGACGAACCGCGAGCGCGGAGAAGCAGAUGAAGCGAUUCUGGAAGACGGUCGGAGUCGAGGGUCGUCCAGAGGGCAACUUCGCUGUCCUGCUCGACAAACGGACACUGAAAACGCCGGGCGGCGUCCCGCUGCUCGUGCCGAAGGAGCGGUUGCCGGUCGCGCUGUGCAUUGCGGACGAGUGGGAGAACCAGAAGUCGGUUCUCAAGCCUCAUACGCUGCCAAUGACCUCGAUUGCGGCCCGCGCGAUUGACGGCUUGAACAACGAGUCGACCCGCAAGGAUGUCGUCGCCUACCUCCUCCGCUACCUCGACACCGAUACCGUCUGCUUCCACGAGGAGUUCCCCCAGCGGCUCGUCAAGCUGCAGGAGGCGCACUGGAAGCCCCUGAUCGACUGGGUCGAGAAGACCUACGACGUCAAGGUCAACCUGUACGAAGGCAUCCUCAACACGAAGCAGCCCGACGCGACCAUCCUCAAGCUUGGCUCGGUCGUGUCCGAUUACGAUGCGUACAAGCUUGCGGCCUUCGAGCGCGCAGUCUUGGCCUCCAAGUCGUACUUGAUCGCCCUCGGACUUGUCGAGGGCUUCCUCUCAGUCGACGAGGCAGCAAAGGCGGCGCACGUCGAGGUGCAGAGCCAGAUUGACCGAUGGGGCGAGGUCGAGGACACCCACGACGUCGACCACCAAGACGUUCGCGUUCGCCUAGGCUCCGCCGCCCUCCUCGUCGCCGCGCAGCCUCACCUCGCUUGA